AUGGCUCGUGCUAUUGGUAUUGAUUUGAGUUCAACAUACUCAUGUGUUGAUGUAUUUCAACAUGCAACAAAAGAUGCUGGUAUUAUUGCUGGUCUUGAUAUAUUACAUAUUAUAAAUGAACCAACAGCAGCAGCUAUUGCUUAUGUUAAAUCAACAUCUGAUGAUACACAUUUAGGUGAUGAAGAUUUUGAUAAUCGUAUGGUUACACAUUUUAUACAAGAAUUUAAAAGUAAAACGAAUAAAGAUGUAUCACAAAAUAAACGUGCUCUUCGUCGUUUGCAUACAGCAUGUGAACGAGCUAAACGUACAUUAUCAAUAUUAUCUCAAACAUCAAUUGAAAUUGAUUCUCUUCAUGAACGUAUUGAUUUUUAUUCAACAAUAACACGUGCACGUUUUGAAGAAUUAUGUGCUAAUCUAUUUCGUUCAACAGUUGAACCAGCUUUGCGUGAUGCUAAAAUGAAUAAAUCAUAUAGAGAUGAAAUUAUACUUGUUGGUGGUUCAACACGUAUUCCAAAAGUACAAAAAUUACUUCAAGAUUUUUUUCAUGGUAAAGAAUUAAAUAAAUCAAUUCAUCCUGAUGAAGCUGUAGCUUAUGGUGCAGCUAUUUUAAUUGGUGAUACAUCAGAUGAAGUUAAAGAUGUACGUUUACUUGAUGUUACACCACUUUUAUUGGGUAUCGAAACAGCUGGUGGUGUCAUGACAACAUUAAUUAAACGUGAUUCAAAUAUUCCAGCAAGACGAACACAAACAUUUACAACAUGUGAACGUGCAAUGACAAAAGAUAAUCAUUCACUGGGAAAUUUUCAAUUGACUAGUAUUCCACUAGCACCACGUAGCGUACCACAAAUUGAAAUUACAUUUGAUAUUGAUACUAAUGGAAUAUUAAAUGUCUCUGCUGUUGAAAAAUUAAGUGGCCAAGAAAAAAAUUAUCAAAAUAGAAAAUAA